AAGUCCCAAGUCCCAAAGAAGUCACCUAUAAAACAGACAACCAGCAGAAAGGAACCAUGGAGUCACAAAGACGAAACUCUGAGAUUUCACAGGAAAUGGCUCAAAUGAGGAAAAAUUGUGAGGAAAUGUAUGCCAGCUUUGACAAAACUGAAAAUGACCUUUCAAAAAAAUUUGAACAGGUCACUGAGUUGGUAGAACUGCAGCGGAAACUUGUAGCAGUGGCUAACGAAAUGCAAGAGCAGCAAGAGAUGGAAAUUUUGGACCUUACCUGCAAAAUAAUUCAACUGGCAAAAUCCCUCAAGCAAGAGAAAACAAAGGCAGAAAAUGAAAGAAAAGAAUGGGAGAGACAAAAGUUUGACCUUUCUCAAGAAAUGGCUCAAAUGAGGAAAGAUCAUGAGAAAAGGACUGCCACCUUUGACAAAGCUGAAAGGGAGUUUUCAGAAAAGUUUGGUAGGGUUGAGAAGCAGAUGGAACACCUGCAAGAAACCAUCACUGAAAAGGUCACGAUAAUAAACUAUCUUGAAGGUACCUUAAUGAAAAAGUUUGACCAACAAAACCAGCUGGCAAUGGAACUGUUGUUGGAGAGAAAAAACUCUGAACUUUAUCUAGAAAUGGCACAAAUGAGGAAAGAUCAUGAGCAAAGGAGUGCCACCUUAGACAGAGCUGAAAAGGAGUUUUCAGAAAAGUUUGUCCAGGUAAAGAUGCAGAUGGAACAACUGCAAGAAACUAUUAAGGAAAAUGUUACCAUAAUAAACAACUUUAAUGGUGUCUUAAAGGAACUUCUUGACCAGCAAAAACAACAGGACAAACUUCAAAAGCAGCAUCAAAUGGAAAUGUCAGACCUCACCAGCAAAAUAUCUGAGCUGGAGAGUUCCCUCAAAGAGGAGAAAACCAAGGCAAGCGAAGAAGAGACCCGCUUAGCCAAGCAGGUGAAAGAAUUGGCCCAGAUAAAAGCUGUGUUGGUUGAUACAGAACGAAAUCUUCAACAACAGAAUCAGCAAUUGCAGAAAGAAAAGAACCGUCUCAUCAAUGAGCAUCAGCUUGCAUUAUCAAAGGAAAAAAAACUGGCAAUGGAAAGAAAAGCAUGGGAGAGAAAAAACUCUGAACUUUCUCAAAAAGUGAAGAAAGAUCAUGAGGAAAGGAGUGCCACCUUUGACAAAGCUGAAAAGGACUUUUCAGAAAAGUUUGCCCAGGUCAAGAAGCAGUUGGAACAACUGCAAGAAACUAUUGUGGAAAAAGUCACCAUUAGAAACAAUUUGGAUGGUGUCUUGGAGGAAAAGCUUGACCAACAAAAACAACAGAUGGAUAAGCAGCAUCAGAUGGAAAUGUCAGACCUCACUGGCAAAAUAUCCAAGCUGGAAAAUUCCCUCAAAGAGGAGAAAACCAGGGCUAACGAAGCAGAGACCCGCUUAGCCCAGCAGCUGAAAGAAUCGGCCCAAUUAAAAGCUAUGUUUGUUGAUGCAGAAAGAAAUCUUCAAGAAGAGAAGAAGGAAUUGGAAAAAGAAAAGAACUGUCUCAUCAAUGAGCAUCAGCUGGCAUUAUCAAAAGAAAAAAAACAGUUUGCAAAGGAAAGAAAAGAAUGGGAGAGAAGAAUCUCUGAACUUUCUCACGAAAUGGCUCAAAUGAAAAAAGGUCAUGAGGAAAGGAGUGCCACCUUUGUCAAAGCUGAAAGGGACUUUUCCGAAAGGUUUGUCCAGGUUGAGAAGCACAUGGAACAACUGAAAGAAGCUGUUGCGGAAAAAGUCACCAUAGUAAACAGUUUUGGUAGUGCAAUGAAUGAAAAGCUUGACCUACAAAAAACACACCAGAGGGAAAUGUCAGACCUUACCAGCAAAAUAUCCAAGCUGGAAAAUUCCGACCAUAAAAAGAAAACCAGGGCAAACGAACCAGAGAACCGCUUUGCCCAGAGGGUGAAAGAAUUGGUUCAGCAAAGAGCAAUGUUGCGUGCCACUGAACAAAAAAUUCAACAACAGAGGUGGCAAAACUCUGUACAUUCACAAGAAAUGGCUCAAAUGAGGAAAUCUCAUGAGGAAAAGAGUGCCACCUUUGACAAAGCUGAAAAGGACUUUUCAGAAAACUUUGUCCAGGUCGAGAAGCAGAUGGAACAACAGCAAGAAACCACUGCAGAAAAAGUCAACAAAAUAAAAAACUCUUGUGUCUUGGAGGAAAAGCUUGACCUACAAAAACAACAGAUGGACAAACAUCAAAAGCCACAUCAGGAGGAAAUGUCAGACCACACCAGCAAAAUAUCCAAGCUGGAAAAUUCCAACAAUAAAGACAAAACCAGGGCAAACGAACCAGAGAACCGCUUUGCCCAGUGCGUGAAAGAAUUGGUUCAGCAAAGACCUAUGUUGCGUGCCACUGAACGAAAAAUUCAACAACAGAGGUGGCAAAACUCUGUACAUUCACAAGUAAUGGCUCAAAUGAGGAAGUCUCAUGAGAAAAAGAGUGCCACCUUUGACAAAGCUGAAAAGGACUUUUCAGAAAAGUUAGUCCAGGUCGAGAAGCAGAUGGAACAACAGCAAGAAACCACUGCAGAAAAAGUCACCAAAAUAAAAUGCUCUAAUGGUGUCUUGAAGGAAAAGCUUGACCAACAAAAACAACAGAUGGACAAACAUCAAAAGCCACAUCAGAUGGAAAUGUCAGACCUCACCAGCAAAAUAUCCGAGCUGGAAAAUCCAGACAAUAAUGAGAAAACCACAGCAAAUGAAGCAGAGAACCGCAUUGCCCAGAGGGUGAAAGAACUGGUUCAGAAAAAAGCUUUUUUGGAUUAUUAUGAACGAAAUCUUCAACAAUCCAGGCAGCACAACUCUGAACAUUCACAAGAAAUGUCUCAAAUGGGGAAAUCUCAUGAGGAAAGGAGUGCCACCUUUGACAAAACUGAAAAAAACUUUUCAAAAACGUUUGUCCAGGUCGAGAAGCAGAUGGAGCAACAGCAAGAAACCACUUCAGAAAAAGUCACCAAAAUAAAAAACUCUAAUGGUGUCUUGGAGGAAAAGCUUGACCAACAAAAACAACAGGUGGACAAACAUCUAAAGCCACAUCAGAUGGAAAUGUCAGACCUCACCAGCAAAAUGUCCGAGCUGGAAAAUCCAGACAAUAAACAGAAAACCAGGGCAAAAGAGGCAGAGAACCGCUUUGCCCAGAGGGUGAAAGAAUUGGUUCAGCAAAGAUCUUUGUUGGUUGAUAGUAAACGAAAUCUUCAACAACAGAAGAAGUAAUUAGAAAAAGAAAAGAAUGAACCUUUUCAAGGUCGGAAAAGAUGACUAAGUGGACUAGUGAAACUAGUCCAAUUCCUUAGAGUUGGGGCUUAGGUUUUGGGUAGGGGUUAGGGUUGGAGUGUGGGUUAUAUUUUGUGUAUAGGCAUCCCGACCCCAGAGAAGUAGGACCCCUGGCAAAAAAGAAUGGGUGGGGGUUGUAAUUUAGGUAGGAUUAUCUGAGUAGCCCAAGUAGGAAAUUUUGAUAAAAAUUGAGCUGGUGAGUGUGUGGUGGGGUUAGAGUGUAGGUUAGACUAGCUGAAUAGCAUAAGUAGGACUGUUGAUCAAAAUUCCGUGAGUGUGUGUGGGUGGGGGGUUUAUAGUUAAGUUAGGACUAGCUGAGGAGCUCAAGUAGGAAAUGUUGAUAAAAACUGAGGUGUGUUUGGUGUGGGGGUUAUAGCUUAUGUAGGAAUAGCUAACAUAUUACACAAAACAAUAGCACAUGAAAAAAAAUGCUUAAAACAAGUUAGUUUAAAAGUUUAUAGUUUCGUCCUCUUUCAAAAAAGUCAUAAAUCUGACAAAAAUCAGAAAAAAAUAAAAAUGCAUUUAAAAAAAGAUAUCUUAUGCCACCCCAGGGUUUUGUCAGAAUGCUCUGCUUUCUCCAUAGAUUCUAGCAAAAAAUUCAUAUGUAAAUUAAAAAAAAAAGUACUUAUUUACAAAAAUUAUC